GCGACCUGGGUGGGCGUUUCACUCUGCUCCCCGUCACCGACUGGGACCUGGCAGCAACUCUCAUAUUGGGAGUGCCUUUUGUAGGUGGGUCCGACAGCGCCGUUUGGAGUUGUUCAACAGAAGCCACUGGAAAUGUGUUAAAAAGAGAAUCUUCUCCCUGAAUCUGCCAAGGACGGGCCCCCAGGAUCAGACAGACACAUUUCCUUCGGAAGGCCCUCCCAUCGAAGGACUGGAGAGACGCGACAUCACUCGCAGGCAGUACUUCGAGGCUGACCAGAAACCUCCCAGGACUCCACAACAGUUCCCUUUUGCCACAUUGGACUUGUCUGAUCCGGUGCAGCGUCGCCAAACCCUGUCUGAGAAGCGUAGGCUCGCGCAGAUUUUCGGACGUCAUAAUAAGCGCGCCGACCGCUGAGACUUCUGGGAAAUGGAGUCCUUGCGAAGGCCGAGCAUUGAUUGGGGGCGCGGGCGUCGUAACCCUCUGCGCAGGCGCAUUGCUUUCCCGACCUGGAGAGGCGCCGUCUUCCUGGGUCCCGAGCACUCUGUGCCGGAGGACUCUGCCCUUUUCUACACGGAGAGCUGCAGGAGGGAAUGGCUGCUCUGUCUCCGCCUGCCAGAUGCCAGGAAUCAGUGACGUUCGAGGAUGUGGCCGUGAUUUUCACAGACGAAGAGUGGAAACAUCUGGUCCCUAUUCAGAGGGACCUCUACAAGGAGGUGAUGCUGGAGAACUAUAAGAGCAUUGUCUCAUUGGGACUUCCAGUUCCUCAACCUGAUGUGAUUUUUCAGUUGAAGAGAGGGGAUGAGCCUUGGAUAGUUGAUCUUCGUGGAGCUGAGGAGAGAGAAUGUCCAGAGAAUGUCUCUCUAGACUGGGAGACUAAGCCUGAGAUUCAAGGUGCUUCAGAAGAAGAAAAAACGGAAGGAACGUUGAGGGAAAAGCUUGAAAGAAAAAGUCCUCUGUGUCCUAAAUUUGAAGUUCAUGCACUGGAGAGGAGGUUGGAAACAGAGAAGGAAAGCCUUGCAGUGGAGACCUACAAGAAAUCCGUCUCCCAGGAGGAGAGCUUGCGGCAAGGGUCAGCCCCUCCCAAGAAAAUUCUCACUAAAGAGAGAGACCAAGAAUGCAGUGACUGCGGGAAGACCUUUUUUGAUCACUCGUCCCUUAUCCGCCAUCAGAGGACUCACACUGGAGAGAAGCCCUAUGACUGUCACGAGUGCGGGAAAGCCUUCAGUCACAGGAGCAGUCUCAGUAGACAUCUGAUGUCUCACACUGGAGAGAGCCCCUACGAAUGCAACGCAUGUGGGAAAGCCUUUUUCGACCGUUCGUCCCUAACUGUACAUCAGCGAAUUCAUACCGGAGAAAAGCCCUUUAAAUGCAACGAGUGUGGAAAAGCCUUCUUUGACCGUUCGUCCCUUACUCGACACCAGAGAAUUCAUACUGGAGAAAGUCCUUAUGAGUGUACUCAAUGUGGGAAAGCCUUUAGCCAGAAAAGUAUUCUUACUCGACAUCAGCUAAUCCAUACUGGCAGGAAGCCUUAUGAAUGUAAUGAGUGUGGGAAAGCCUUCUAUGGGGUCUCAUCACUGAAUAGACAUCAAAAGGCUCACGCUGGAGAGCCUCGCUAUCAAUGCAAUGAGUGUGGGAAAGCUUUCUUUGACCGCUCGUCCCUUACACAGCAUCAGAAGAUUCACACUGGAGACAAGCCAUAUGAAUGCAGUGAAUGUGGGAAAGCCUUUAGCCAGAGAUGCCGGCUCACGCGACAUCAGAGAGUUCAUACAGGAGAGAAACCCUUUGAAUGCAGUGUGUGUGGAAAAGUUUUCAGUUCCAAGUCGUCAGUUAUUCAACAUCAACGGCGUUAUGCCAAACAGGGUAUAGACUGAGUUGGGUGAAAGCUUUAGUCAAGGAACCUCCGUAAAAACUCAAGAUAGGUCUUCCUCAUCUUAAACAAAACCAUCAUUUGAUCAUUCUGCCUAUUCUGGCUGCUAUUUCUUUCCUGCCUCUGCUACCACAGUGUUUGAAUAAACACUCUCUACUUACUGUGUUAUAGAACUGAUGUGGGAUGCUGGCAAUUAGGAUGCAACUCUAAAGAGUCAACGUUUUGCCGAAGUACAUCAGAAAAUAGGAUAAAUGUCAGGAGGCGAUCCUCAGACACACCUCUUGUCUGAGGUCCAUGUAUCACUGCACUUUAAAUAACCAGAGGCUACAACAGGAGGGGAAAGGCAAAAUUAGAGCAGUAAUGUUGUUUCCAGAACAGCUUUUAGGUCUCUUAAUACUACCACUACCACUAGUAGCUAGCACUUAUUGAGGCUUAUUAUGGGGUAAGCACUCAACUGAGAGUUUUGCAAAGAGUAGAUUAUUUGGUCCUCUCACCAACACUAUGAAGUAAGUGCUGUUACUAUCCUCACUUUACAGAUGUGCAAACUGAAGUUUAGAGGCGUUAAAUAAUUUGCCAAAGCUGACACAGCUAGUAAAAGGUGAAGCCAAGUCUUGAAUAAAGGUCUGCUUUCAAGGUCUCUUCUCUUUACCAUUAUGCUAUAAGGUUUGUUUUAUAAUUUAUGUAGAUGUAUUAUCUCCUCAACUAGAUUGUAAGCACUUGGAGGCGUGACUUUUAUGUCUUUGUAUCUCACACGGUGCCUUGCAAAUAAUAGGUGCUCAAUAAAUACUUAUCUGAAUUAAUGACUUUUCUACUUCCAAAGUUCUCUCUAUUUAAAACACUUCUUGAAUUCACAUCCUUUCUCUGAAUUUUCACAGUCUAGCCUAUACCUUUAUCACUUCCUGAUGGAAAUUCUUCCCUCUUCAUUGUUGAAGAAGGGUAUGCUAAGCUAGGGUGCCAUAACAAGUUAACUCCCAAGUACACAAAGACUCAUUUCGCACAUAAAAUCUGGCGUGAGUCAGUCUGUCUUAUUCCAUCCUUGUCAUUUAGAACGUGUUGCCUCUGAGAUCAUUAUGAAAGAGAAAGCUGGAGGAUAUUUGGGGAUGUUUUUAAAGGCCAUUACUUCUGUCCACAACUCAUAAACCAGAACCCAGCACCAAGAGGCUGGGAAAGUAAACAAGUACCUUGGUAUUUGGUUAACAUUAACAGCCUCUGUCACAAGUUACAUUUUGCAUGUUACUGUUAGACCAAUCUUUCCAAAUGACCCCUUACUGCCCAUCAUUGCCUUACUCAAGACCUAAAAUAGCUCCCUGUUUAAUGAAAGCUUCUCUGAAUAUUUAAGGUCUGCCUUGAUGUGAUCCCACAUUGCUAAACCUUAAGUUCUCACUCCCAAAACUCUUCUAUUCCCUGGGCCCAGCCCUGUAUUUUUGUUUUAUUAAAGGUCAGGCACUAGGCAACUUUGACUCUAAGCAUCUGCAUUCCCUUUCUACUUGCUUAAGGUGAAAUCUAGAGGAGGAAUUGAUUCUGGAAGGAUGUCUGGAACUUAGCUCACCCUGCAUGAAUCCCAGUGGACCAAGAUGCAUUUCUCCUGGGAGUUAAAGUCAGAUUCAAGAAGCUGGAUUGCCAAACAGGCCCCUCCCCAACCUACCAACAACCCUAUUGGUCUACCCUUCUUAGAGCAGAUGAGCCGAAGGAAAGACUUUUCCCAUGUGCACUUGUGAAGCAACUUGAGGAAAAACACAGAGUGCAGAAUCUAUUGGAAUGGAUAAUAUCUGAUUAUUUAACUAUGUCAAGUAGAAAAUAAAAGAGACUAUUGACAAACUUUUGGCUGAUGACUGUCUCUGAGAGUUCUGAAUCUUUAGUGUACUGCCUUGUUAAAGGUAAACUGAAGAUCAAGUAUUUCCCUAAGAUGUUCUGCCAUUGUCAGCAAGAUGAGACUAGAACUAAUUCAGAAUUCUAAUGGACCUUUGAGUAGAGGAUGAUUGAAACAGAGUGGGGACAUAAAUUCCAUAGUUCUUCCUCUGUUCCCUGUUUAAACUUGGUGAUCUGCAGAGCAUUUUUUUAAAAUGUGAAGUACUGUUGCUUCUCCUGCUAAAAAUUCUGAGCAAAGGGCCAUUUUACCUUUUAACUGGUGUCUUCCAAUAGGGCAUGCAGUAGUGGAGGCCUUAAAUUUUGAGGUUUUAGCUUCACCGAAUGACCAUUAGUAGGGUCAAAUCUUGGAAUCAGAAAUGGGUCAAAUUGGAAGUAUGCCAGCAUUCUUAAGAUAUAAGGUGAAAAACUUGGUAGUGUUUGUAGGGUUUUAGCCUAAGACUUUAAAAGUGGUUUUGAAGAAAUGAAACAAUCUCUGGUGCUUAAAUAAGCCCUAUCUGAGUUUUAAGAGAGAAUUGAAUACUUCCACGCAAAUUAACAGAAGCACUCCGUGAAUCAGCUCUUCAAAGAAAAGGAUCAGCAAUGCUAGGGAACCUUGAGAUGAAGAGAAUGUGGUAAAUAGAGAAAAUCGGCACACUGAAUCCUGGGACAGAGAGCUGGUGG